UCAUAGGAACCAAAACAAGGAAGUAGCAGGAAACAUGUGUAGUAGCGACGUUAGAGAACAACUCUUUAAACGUUGACUGUUUUUUUUUUUUAUUACUUAAAAUACACAAAUUACGUGAAAUAACAUGUAAAGGAGUCAUUUGUGUAGUAUUAUUUAGAGCCUUUUGUAUAAACAGAGAUUGUUAGCUCAUUUGUAAAUGCUUUAGUUUUCUCUGGAGUAAUGAAGUGGUUCAGGUGUCCAGCUCGACACGGAUAUGCGGUGGAAAUGUCCCCGUUUCUCCCCAACGUACUGGCCUGUGCUACAGCUCAGUAUUACGGCAUAGCAGGAUGUGGAACGCUGCUAGUUCUGGAACAGAGGGAUUCGGAUGUCGUGCUCAUGAGAAGCUUUGACUGGAACGAUGGGCUCUUUGACGUGACGUGGAGCGAGAACAACGAGCAUGUGCUGGUGACCGGAGCUGGUGAUGGCUCAUUGCAGAUUUGGGACACGGCCAACCCACAGGGGCCUAUUCGAGUGCUGAAGGAGCACACUCAAGAGGUAUACGCAGUGGAUUGGAGCCAGACACGGGCUGAGAACCUGGUGGUGUCAGGAUCCUGGGAUCACACAGCCAAAGUGUGGGAUCCAGAGCGCCCCCAGUCCAUGUGCACACUUCAGGGGCAUGAGGGAGUCGUAUACAGCACCAUUUGGUCUCCACACAUCCCAGCCUGCUUCGCCUCAGCUUCAGGAGAUGGCACGCUGAGAGUUUGGGACGUAAAAGCAGGCUCGUGUCGAUUGGCUAUUCCGGCACACAAAGCAGAGAUCCUUAGCUGUGAUUGGUGCAAGUAUGACCAGAACGUGUUGGCGACAGGAGCCGUUGACUCCAGUGUGUGUGUGUGGGAUCUACGUAACGUUCGGCAGCCUGUAGCUCAAAUGCUGGGUCAUUCCUAUGCCAUCCGGAGAGUAAAGUUCUCACCGUUUAACAAGACCACGUUGGCGUCCUGCUCCUAUGACUUCACAGUCAGGGUCUGGGAUUUCUCCAGGAGUCCGCCGCUGCUCGACACCAUGGAGCACCACUCGGAGUUCGUAUGCGGCCUGGACUUCAGUCUGCACAUCCCCAACCAGAUGGUGGACUGUUCCUGGGAUGAGACGGUAAAAAUCUACACUCCUCCAUGUCUGGCUGCUAUGCAACCCAGCACAGAGUAAAGAGAAGAUGGCAGCAGGGCUUCGAGUCAACAAGUUUGCCACCGCACUUUUCCUAAAGGAGCAGGACCAUCCACAUGACUAAUACAGGGUGAAACAGAUCCUGAUGAAUUUUGGAGCUUCUUCUCAGAGCGAACCUGAAACCUGGUCUUUAAGUCAGUUUGGAAAUCAACGGUGUGUCAAAGUUUCACCAACUAGACACUUUACUGGUCUACAUGCAGGUUCACAGUCAGUUUGUUUUAAGUCAUGUGACUCCUAAUGACUGAUCCAUGACAUCGGUGAUAAUAUCAUAUGGGAAGUAAUUUAUCCAAAUAACCAAAUAGUUCAUCAUUUUAAUAAAAUAAUUGGUAGAUUCUA